AUGGAAAGGCCAAGGACACGCUAUUUGGAGAUCGCGGUUCCCUAUCUUACCGCAAAGGCUCAAAACACAGUGCUGAAUGCCAACUACCAUGCCUUUCUACUUCGCAACAUAUACUUGUCUCACAACACCCCGAGUAGUGGCGACAACAGAUCUAGAACCUCGAAACCGUACGUCUCGGAGCCCGCGCCAACACUACCUCCUAGGCAUUUCAUUGGAAGCGCAUAUGAAGCUCAACGACAACAUGCGAAUUUUGUGCCAGUACCUCCCACUGUACGGUUCGUUGAGGGCAAUCAUCAAGCUAUACAACAAAACCCCAUUUCCCAGCAACCACCACGACGGGACUCCAACCUGCAGGCCCCUCAAAAUGAAACUCAAUCUCCAAAGCAGCGCGUGAAACCUCAGCAGGCUUUGCCACAGGCUCCUCAUUCACAACCCCCUUAUAACGGAACUCUGGCUCAGCAGCAACAAGUGACUCAGUAUGCACCACCACCACAGGCCCCAUAUCCACAGCUCCCUGGUGAUGGAACUCUACGUCACCCGAUGCAGCUCAAUCACUCGCCUCAACCUUGCAUGACGCCUAUGGAGUUUCUUAGCACGCCGGCGAGCUCGAUAAGCCAACAAAGAUUCGAUACUUCGCAGCCUCAACCCCAGAGAUAUCCGACGGAGACUAGAUUCGGCAUCUUCUCCGAUCCGCCUCAGUCCAAUAUAACAUCAGCUGAGAAUCCAAGCACAGUGAUAGGAUCUAUGGGACAACAGAACAUCGGUGUUUCUAAACCACAACAUGAGGGAAAUCCGUCGCUAGAUUUGUUGGACCGCUCACAGUUUUCGCCCAUUGGAGGCUAUUAUCAAAACAACAAUUCAGUCUCUGUUGCUAGUAACAGCAACGAUCGAUUUCCUGAUAUUGAUAACCAAGAAGGUGACAAAGGUACUGAUCUGAUGGAUACGGGUCACUGA